UUCUAAUCUAAAUCUUUACUCUGCCACGUCUCUCCGCUGAUCUCUCCCGACCUCCCAAUUCUCCGAUCUUCGAUUCUCUUUCUUUUUCCAUUCUUAAAAAAAAAAAGAAAUCUCCCAAUAUGGAAAGAUCUAUGGAGAUCAAGCUCGUCUCCGCCAGAGAUCUUAACAACGUCAAUCUCCUCAUGAAAAUGGACGUUUACGCCGUCAUCAAACUCCUCGCCACCGACCCCGCCGGAAAAUCCAAGCCCAAAUCCGCCCAGAAAUUCACAACUCCCGUUGAUAAAGAAGGCGGCAGCAACCCGAUUUGGAACUACUCUGUGAAAUUCGCUAUCGAUGAAGCCGCCGCUAGGGCAAACUGUCUUACCCUCGUUUUCAAGCUCCGAUGCCAACGGAAUCUCGGCGAUAAAGAUAUCGGCGAGGUUUAUGUUCCGGUGAAGGAGCUUCUAGAAUCCGUCGGUGACGGCAAAGGCGAUUUGAUGCAGCAUCUUAGUUAUCAGGUGAGAAAACCGUCUGGAAAUCCCCAGGGAGUCUUGAAUUUCGCUUUUAAAUUUGGGGAUAAUUUCCCCUCCGGUCCAAUUAAACCGGAUCCGGCUCAGUCUUACAACCCGGUUUCCGCCUAUCCGCCGCCGGAGCCGAGUUCGGUCGCCGUCGCUAACGGCGGGGCUUAUCCUCCUCCGCAGCUGGAGCCGAGUUCGGUCGCCGUUGCUCACGGCGGGGCUUAUCCUCCUCCGCAGCCGGAGCCGAGUUCGGUCGCCGUCGCUCACGGUGGGGCUUAUCCUCCGCCGCCGCCACCUCCUUCUCAGCCGGAGGUUUAUCCUCCGUCUUCGAAUUUAUACCCGGUCAUUCCUCCGAAAUGGGCGGCACCGGAGAUCGGAUUUAGUGCAUACCCGCCGGCAGCGGCUGGAUAUAGCGUGUACCCACCGACUACGUCGUACAAUUCGUACGCUCCGGCACCGACAUACAGUGCGUACGCGCCAGCGCCGACUCAACAACCGGGGUACGGAUACAAUCAUCAACCGUCGGCGUAUGGUUACCCACCGCCACCAACCUACGGAUAUCCGCCGCCCCCGUCGUAUUAUCCACCGCCGCCGCAGAAUAAGAAGAGCAACAUGGGGUUAGGAUUGGGAGCUGGGUUAGUCGGAGGGAUGUUGGGAGGGCUUUUGAUCGGAGAUAUGGUGUCGGACGCCGCCGAUGGCGGAUUUGGUGAUUCCGGUGGAUUUGACUUUUGAUUUAAACGAUGUCGUUCUAGGUAUUUGUUUGAUAUCACCAAGAGUUGGUUACCGUUUCGGUUUGUGGAAAAUUCAAUCUUUUGUUACUUUUGUAAAUUAAGAACAUGAAUUUGUGAUUUUUUUUUUUGACAAUAAAUAGAUGUGAUUUAAUGGAAGAAGAAGAACACUCAUUUUUUACCA